GAAGAAAGCAAAUGCCACAAAUUUCCAUCCCGCCGCAACGUCGUUUCAACUGCUUCAUUUGCCGUCAGGAAGUCGACAUCGGUUACAUUCUAGUAGCCUUCCCUGCCAGUUCACUAUACGGUGCACAAGUUCCUUAGAAGAACUCCUCGACUGCCCAACCCCAGCCUCGCAAGUCGAAUUCUCCGAUCAGAUCUGUCUGCGUUGGUGACUCAACGGCCGCCACAACCAUGGCUACUAACGGCGACCUUCCCUCCGAUGAUGAAUUUUCCCAGCCCGGAACUCCUCCUGGUGAUGAGAACGAUGUCGACGAAAUUGAAGAGACGAAUCAGCCUCCCAAAUCCGCUUUGAAGAAGGGAACCUCAGCACCCAUUCCAGAACCUCAAGCCGCCCGACCUACUCUGCCCGAACAACCAGACCCAAAAGACCUCGACGUCUCCAAACUGACUCCCCUGUCUCCCGAGAUCAUCGCCAGACAAGCCACAAUAAACAUCGGAACGAUAGGCCAUGUCGCUCACGGAAAGUCGACUGUGGUAAAAGCCAUCUCGGGAGUGCAAACUGUCAGAUUCAAGAACGAACUGGAACGGAAUAUCACCAUCAAGCUAGGUUAUGCGAAUGCCAAAAUCUACAAGUGUGACAAUGCAGAAUGCCCCCGGCCAACAUGCUACAAGAGUUACAAGAGUGAAAAGGAGGUUGACCCUUCUUGCGAAAGAGAAGGAUGUGGCGGCACAUACCGUUUGCUCCGGCAUGUGUCCUUCGUCGACUGCCCCGGCCACGACAUUCUCAUGAGUACAAUGUUAUCAGGCGCUGCAGUCAUGGACGCUGCUCUGCUUCUCAUUGCUGGUAACGAAAGCUGUCCUCAACCGCAGACCUCGGAACAUCUUGCAGCCAUCGAAAUCAUGAAACUCAACCACAUCAUCAUCCUGCAGAACAAGGUGGACCUUAUGCGGGAAGAGGGUGCCCAGCAGCACUACGAGUCUAUCCUCAAGUUCAUCAAGGGCACUGUCGCUGAUGGAUCGCCCAUCAUUCCCAUCUCCGCUCAACUAAAAUACAACAUUGACGCCAUCAACGAGUACCUGGUCACCAAAAUCCCCGUUCCCAUCAGGAACUUCACCACCGCUCCCCACAUGAUCGUCAUCCGAUCAUUUGACGUCAACAAGCCUGGCGCGGAGAUCGAAGACCUCAAAGGUGGUGUUGCUGGUGGUUCCAUCCUGACGGGUGUCCUCAAACUCGGCGAUGAGAUCGAAAUUCGUCCUGGUAUUAUCACGAAAGACGCCAUGGGUCAAACAAUAUGCCGCCCCAUCAUGUCCCGCGUGGUCAGUUUGUUUGCCGAACACAAUGACUUGAAAUUCGCCGUUCCUGGAGGUCUGAUCGGUGUCGGUACACGAGUCGACCCAACUCUCUGCAGAGCAGAUCGUCUUGUUGGCCACGUAUUGGGUCUGAGGGGCAAUCUGCCUGAAAUCUAUAUGGAACUUGAAGUCAACUACUUCCUGCUCCGAAGGCUGCUCGGCGUCAAGACUGCAGAUGGCAAGCAAGCCAAGGUGGCCAAGUUGGCCAAGAACGAAGUGCUUAUGGUCAACAUCGGCAGCACGGCAACGGGUGCAAAGGUUAUGGGCGUCAAGGCUGAUGCCGCGAAGCUGACGCUCACCAACCCUGCCUGUACUGCCAUCGGCGAGAAGAUCGCGCUGAGUCGAAGAAUAGAAAAGCAUUGGCGCCUGAUUGGUUGGGCAAACAUCGUUGCAGGGAACACCAUUGAACCCGAGUCUUCUUAGGAGGGAGUCCUGAUCGAACCGAUGGUUACUGUCACGCAGAUCGAGGUUUGAAGAGACGAAGAGAGAUGGUAUGGAAGGAGCAGGCGUACGGCGCCGCUUCUGGCGAGGAUGUGAAUAGACUUUGCUAGGAUGCGGCAUUCCCUCCAGCACUUGAAGUAAGAGCAAAGAUGCUGUAAGAGCGUCGUGGGUGGAGUUCGCCUUACACGAAGCGGACAGUCAUAGAGAAUGCUGAUGUUCUGGCGCUUUCUCUAUGACUGUUCGGGGAUGCGCUGAGCUCCAUCUUGGCCAUGCGAUGUGAUUGCAGAUGACCAGACUUGCGCGGUCCGAGGAUGGUGCAAGGCUAUUGAGCGAGGCAGUGGUCUAGUGUUGUAACAACCUUAGUA